AUGCGAAUAAUUGCUGAAGAACUGGACCUCGAGCCCGCACUCUAUAUUCAUGAAGGGAGUGAAACGUUAUCACAACUCCGGGAAGAACUCGCGUUGCUUCCGGAUAUCGAAGAACUAUCUCCGAAAUGUGAUAUUGAUUCGACCGACGUUGGUGAACGUGGGACGAGCACUCCAGAAGACGAGCAAAAAUUGCGAGUGAUCCUGAAGUACCAUCGAACCAUCUUUAUGGGAGAUGGGAAUGCGGUUUCAGCCCCGGCGCAAGGUGUGACCUGUGAUUUAGAUGUUGGAGAGGCGAACCCUGUCGCUCAACGUCCCCGAUCUGUUGCACCACACUUAUCGAUCAAAGUGUAUAAAUUGCUGAAGAAGCUUUUGGAAACCCGACCCAUUGAGCAUUCAGAAUCAUCCUGGGCAUCACCCAUUGUGAUUGCCCUCAAGAAAAAUGGUGUGGAUAUCCGAAUGUGCGUCGAUUAUCGAAUUGUCAGUGGAUUCAUUACGUUGUCCAACUAUCAUUUACAUUUAUAG